AAAAGCAACAAAAACACGACAAAUAGAAAGAAGCAGACAAAAUAAAACAGAGAAAACCACCAAAACCGCAGAAACAACAAGCAGAGAAGCCACCGAAAGAGAGCGGCAGACCAACCGACCGACCGACCGACAGGACCGACCGGGCAGGCGUGAGAGUAAAAGAGGGAGAGAGUAAUCCAAUCAAAAACCAAACACAAACGCAGCAGAGCAGCAGAGCAGCAGCAGCAGCGGCAACGACAGCAAAAUGUUACAAAACUCGAACGCAGCUGCAGCGGCACAGGCAGCGGCGCAGGCUGCAUCGGCCGUGGCCACACCAUCGACUGCAGCAGCAGCGACAGCAACGGCAGCAGCAGCGGCGGCAGCGGCAGCAGCAGCAGCGGCAGCGGCGGCGGCUAAUAAUGCUGCAAUUGCCGCCUCAUCCAUACAACCGAAGCUGAUUGUCAUACGAAGGCGUCCGUAUCAGGGCUUCGGCUUUACGCUGCGUCACUUUAUUGCCUAUCCACCGGAAGAUGAUGGCAACGCAGCAGCGGCCGCUGCGUCGGCCGGCGUCACCAGCUGGUCACAGGAAGCAUCCACUGGAGGUGGCAGCAACAGCAACAACAGCAACAGACACAGCCACAGCGGCAGCAGCAGCAGCAAUAGCAACAGCAACAGCAACAACAGCAACAGCAACAGCGCUGCUGCCGGAAUGGAGCCGCCACCAACAUCACCGACAUCGCUGCCGCCAUACCAGGUGAAAGCGAUGGAGACCAUUUUCAUCAAAGAGGUGCAGGCGAACGGACCGGCCCACUAUGCGAACCUCCAGACGGGCGACCGAGUGCUGAUGGUCAACAAUCAGCCGAUUGCGGGCAUUGCCUACAGCACCAUCGUUUCGAUGAUCAAGCAAACGCCGGCGGUGCUCACGCUGCACGUUGUACCCAAGGAAUGCGAUGUGCUACAAAUGCACUAUACGAGCAUUGCCCAUACGCCGGAAUCGAAUCGGUUGACAAUGUCAACGCACUCGCCAUCGCACGGGCAUGGGCAUACGCUGCUGGCCAAUGGAACGAUCAAUGCCUCCUCCGCCGCCGCCACCACAAUCCAAAAAUCCACAUUUCCACAACAACAACAGCAGCAACAACAACAACAACAACAACAACAACAACAACAACAACAACAACAACAACAACAGCAGCAGCAGCAACAGUUGAUCUCAUAUCCCGCUGUGGCUGCCACAUCAUCGCCGGCAUCCUCGCCGCAUCAGCAUUCACAUACGUAUCCGCAUUCGCAUUCGCAUCCGCAUCCUCUUCAAUCACAUCCUUCACAUGGACAUGCACCGUCCCUGCAUGGCGGUAGUCGAUCUGCCAGCAUUAGCAGCACCACCAGCGGAGGAGUCGUCUCCAUGAGUCAUUAUCAUCAGCAGCAGCAGCAGCAGCAGCAACAACAACAGCAGCAUCAUCAUCGUCAUCCGGCUCUCAGUGGCGGCAGCAGUAGCAUUGAUUUCGGUGAUAUGGCCCUCGGCCUGCGUCAGCAUCCGCAUCAGCAUCAGCAUCUCUAUCAGCAGCAGCAGCAGCAGCAGCAUCAUCAUCAUCAUCAGCUGCUCUCCACCGGCGGCGGCAGCAGUGGCGCCUUCAUGCGUGCCAAUCAACCGCCGAAUCUAACAGUAUUAUCAGGAACAGGCUCGAUCACGGCCACCUCCUCCAGUCCCACGCCCAUUUCACGCCAAUCAAAGUCCGGCAGCGCCCUAAAUCAGGCCCUGUAUGUGAGCCAUGGCUCAGCCCCAGGCUCUGGUGGUGGCGGUGGCGGCGGCGGCGGCAGCGGCAGCGGCAGCGGCGGCAACGGUGGGGGCAGCGAUAACAGUGACCUGAUGAUCCGGCUGAGGGAGUCCAUCAAGCAGAAGGAGGAGUUCCUCAAGUCGCCGGUGCCCACCACCAUCAGCUCCUCCUCCACAUCCGCCUCCGGGACUAAUGGGAAUCAGGCACAGUCGUCGCCAGCUCAGCAGCAGCAACCGCAGCAUUUCUUUCCCUCGCACACUCCUCCGGGAGUGGCAGCAGGUGCUCCCAUCGCCCCACCGCCACGCGGUCGCCAUCAGGUGCUCAUGAAGCAGCAACAACAACAACAACAACAACAGCAGCAACAGCAGCAGGGAGUCGCCGGCAACUUCGACAUGUACUAUGCAGGCGGAAAACUAGUGCAACGUUCCUCGACGGUGCCCAUACAGGCAUCGUCCAGCUCAUCCACACAUUAUCAUCACAUCACCCAGCUUCAGCAUCAUCCCCAGUAUCAGCAGCAGCAGCAGCAGCAGCAGCAGCAGCAGCAGCACCCCCACCACCCACAACAACAACAACAACAACAACAGCAGCAACAGCAACAGCAGCGACAGGUGCAGAUGAUCAACAACAAUGCCAAGUAUUCCAAGGACUUGGACUACUUUGAGACGCUCCAAGAGACCGGAGUGACCAAUAAAGUAUUCGAACGCAAACUGGUGUCCCAUAUGUCAAUGGGUUUCGAUCCUUUCAAGCCUCUGUCGAUCAAUACCAGCGCCUUGGAGGCGGCAUCGGCAUCCACGAGUGCAGCGGCAGCGGCGGCGGCGGCGGCGGCGGCGGCAGCUUCGACCGUGAAAAAGCAGAGUGUCCUGUACGAGUCGCUGCAGCAGCAUCCGCUGGCCAAGUACCAGCAUCAGCAGCAGCAGCAGCAGCAACAUAGCACCAACACGGUGGAUGGACAGACGAACAGUCGCAUGGAGCUGCACAAGGCGACGCUGGCCAAUGCCACCAUUGAUGCCGCCGCCCCACCGUUGGUGGUUAGCAAGUUUAGCGCAAUGACGGAGCAGCAGCAGCAGCAGCAGCAGCAGGCAGGGGCCACCUUGGCGGACAUUUCCGAGAGCAGCAGCGCCAGUGGCGCAGCAGCAGCAGCCGCUGCCGCAAGUGCUGGCAGCUCGAGUGCUGGUGUGAUACGACGCUAUAAGCCGCUGUCCUCGAGCUCCUUUGACGAGGGCAAGCCAAUGCGCCGGAUCUCCUAUCUGAGGGCCACCAAUAACGAGACCGAAUUCAAUCCGGAUGCAGUGCCCGCUGGAGACGGUGCAACAGCAACAGCCGCGGCAGCAGCAGCAACUGCAACAUCUGUGGCCACAGUUUCGAUACCAAUUCCAGUUGCAAUUCCCAUUGUGACGCCUGUGGCCGUUGUUGAGCCGCAAAAGACCAAAUCCAUGGUUGAGGAACAUCCCGAUCCCACCUACGAUGUCAUCGGGGGCACAGGCGGUGGCCACGAGUUUAUCGAGACACCGAACGGCCUCGAGGAUGUGCGUCUGUCGGCCCAUGGCAGUAGUCGCCGGGCCUCCAUGAGCAGCGAUAUGCGCAGCAGCAUCCACGUCGACGCCGAGCUGAAUGGCAAGUAUGUGCCCAACGAACUGGAGGCCUUUGAGACGGAAAUCGAAAUUAAAUCGUCCUGCAUCAAUGGCAAGCGCAUGUCCGAGUACCGUUCGUGGCGUCAGGUGAAGCUGGAGAUCAAGGGCGAUCUGCUGCGCAUCUUCUCAGGGCGUCACGCCAAGUCGGAGCACAAUGUGAUAGAACUUGAUAUUAGAAACUUUAAGUUCUUCGACGAGUCGCUGGACAAGAAAAAGUACUUGAUACGCAUGCAGUCAAAGCCAUCGCCGAGCGGAGCCCAUUUGGCGAGUCUCGGGAACGAGCUCAAUCUGGACGAUGUGCACGACAAGUUGACCUCAUCGGGCAGCAGCAGCGCCAAUGAACCAAUGGCCGCCUCCUGCAGCAGCAGCACCGGCGGGCCCUACACGGAGAUACUCUUCAAGACAAAGAACAGCAACGAGAUGAAGCGACUCUUUGGGCUGCUGCAGUGGAAGGAUAGCCUCAACUACGAUGACAAUGAGCAGCCGCAGCAGGGCAAACAAUUGGCGGAGCCACAGAAAACGGUGGCCACUUCCAGCCACUAUCUCGAUGAUGUGGUGACUGGUGGAGCCGGCGUGGAUAGCUCUCCGUUGAGCUCACAUUCGGGUGGGGGCAUGGCGGAGCACCACCAUGUGGCUGCCUUGCCCGCUGCCGCAGCAAUUGUGGCCGCCACCAGUGACUCUAUAUCGCCGGUGAUGAAGGCCCGCAAAUCGUCCUCCCACAAGCAUUUGCCCGACAAGGAUCUGGGGUCGCCCAAGUCCAAGAACUGGAAGGAUUUGCUGUUCCGUCGAGGCGGCGGCAGUGGCAGUGGCGGUGUGUCCCACCACCAUACAGAUCUGGCCUCGCCCUCGGCUUGCGCCGCGAAGACCUGUGGCUCCAUUGGGGUCCCACUGCGCAGCUGUCCGAUGUCCAAGCUGAAUCCGUAUGUCCCCCAUCUCGUGGAGGUGUGCACCAACAUUGUGGAGACCAAGGGCCUGAGUGUGGUCGGGAUCUAUCGGAUACCCGGCAACAAGGCGGCCAUUUCGGAGCUCUCGGAGCUGGUGAACACCAAGGACUUUCAGUUCGAGAGCUGUGCCAUCGAUGUGCGAUGGGAGGAUGUGAAUGUGGUGAGCAGUCUGCUGAAGCUCUUCAUCCGGAGCCUGCCCGACGCCCUAAUGCCGGCCAGCUACUACAUCAACUUCAUUGAGGCCGACAAGAAGGUCGGCCUGGAGCGGAUCGUUCUGCUGCGGGAGAUAGUCGAGUCGCUGCCCCGUCAUCCGUACGAGACGAUGAAGCAUCUGAUACGCCAUCUGUGCCGCGUCAGCGACAAUUGUGAGGUGAACCGCAUGGAGCCCAAGAAUCUGGCCAUCAUCUUUGGCCCCUCGAUCAUACGCACGCCCAACGACACCCUCGAGACGGCCGUCAAGGACAUGAAGCACCAGUGUCGCAUCGUUGAGCUGCUCGUUACACAGUACGAAUACUAUUUUGAGGGCGGCAAUCUGCCGGAUCUGGCCGAUGUCAGUGGUGGCACGGCCAUGGCCAGUACUGCCCAGCCGCAGCAUCAGACGCAGGAGGAUCAGACGAACAUGCUGCUGCACAAUCUAUCGAAGAUCGAGAGGAUCACAGAGCGGGAGACGCGCACCUCCCGGUUCAUUCCACAGCUGCGGCGGCGCACCCAUGGCAAGCGGAGUGCCGUCAACUCGGACACGUAUUCGGGGGAGAGUGUUCUGGUAAGCAGCGGUUGUCCAAGCAGCUCCACCACUAGCCACUCCACCAUCACCACUAGCACCACAACUUGCACCAACCACACAACCAUACAUCAAAGACGACAGCAGCGCAAGGCUGUGCAGAGCAUUUGUGACUUUGCUUUAAUCCUGCCCGCACCUCCCGUUCCUCCCUCCCUUCACUUUCAGUCGCUGGACUACGCCAAGGUCUCGGCCAGCAGCACCAGCAGCAGCUCGACGCUGCACAGCAGCAGCAAGACAACCACCAAUGCCUCCUCCUCCUCCACCACCAGCCAGAGCUACAGCCAGAGCCACAGCCACAGCACAAAGUUUAGCUCUGGCGCCGCGGCCUCGGCCUCGGCCUCGGGCUCGUCCGCUUCGGGCUCCUCGACAACAGCCGCCACCAUAAAAGCGGCCGCAGUGUCCAAGGCAUCAUCCGCGGCCUCCUUGAUAGGCACCAAGAAGCGCAGCACAAUGGGCGGCGGUGUGGGGUUCCUCGGCGGGGGCUCUCGCUCGCAGACGCGCAAAGCGAGCCUGGACGAAAAGGACUCUGGGACGAGCGUCGACUCGGCCGGCAGUAUGGCUUUCAGCCUCGGCCUGGGUCUGGGCCUGGGCCUGGGACAUGGCAAGGAACAGCAUCAGCAGCAGCGGAGCAGCGUGGACAUAUCCAUACUCCUCACCGACGACGACUCCAGCAGCAGGCUGAGCGACACAGGUUCCAUGUCCCUGACUACCAUUACGGAUACGCUGGACAGCAAGCUGCGGAAUCUACGGAGCGGCUCCGAGUCGAACGACGAGAAUGGGUCGCCGGAAUUCCCCAAGAAUCGCCGGCACACGCUCGGCCAGCCGCUGCAUCUGCACUCCGAGAACAUUCCCUAUGCGGACGAGUCGCCCGAGCGUCUCUUCCAUCAGUUCUGCCCCCUGGAUGCCCCCCACUCGCUGCACCUAAGCCGCUCCUGCACGGCCACCAACACUUUGGGCGCCGAUGAGAAGCCCUCGACCAUGAAGCAGGCCAUGGCCAUGGCUGGAGUGGCACCCCUGCCGCCCAGCCUCCUGAAGGCAGCCCACAAGCUGCAGCACUCGGCCACGGUGCCCAUACACCAGAUACAGAUACAUCCGGGUAGCGCCACGGCACCGGCCAGCGGUGCUGCAACGCCCACCAGCACCAGCACUGGAGGGGGAUCCACCCCAGUGGCUGGUACACCCACCAACAGUGCUGGCGGAGCAGGAGGAUCACAGCGCAAUUCUGGAGGAGGGAACCUCCCCGGCAGCGGCAAGAAUAUGCACCUGAGAUUCAGCACAUCGCAGGCGUACGAGCGACAUCAUGGCGCUGGUGGUGGGGGCGGUGGUGUGGCCGGCUCCGAGGACGACGACUCGGAGGGCUCGACGACCAGCGAUCCCAAGGAGAAGCUACUGCUGGCGGGCGAGCGACCAUCGCCAUCGUUUUUUCUCGAGCGCUACAACAAGAAGCGUCGAGACCAUCGGCUCUUUCGCAGCGCCAGUUUCAACUGUCGCAACUACUCGACCCGACACGUGAACAGCAGCAGCAGCUCCACGCCGGUCGGAACGGCAGCGACUGUGGCCACGGUCACGGCCGCCUGCUGUCAGUCACCAUCAUCGGCCCUGGCCACGGGCCUGACCAAGGACGAAAAGACUGACAUGAAUCUGACCAAGAAGCGCCAGAUCCAGAACAAGCAGAAUCGAUCCAUCAAGCGCCGCCACACCGUUGGCGGGCCACACGACUACUCGGCCAACGGGGGCUGCACCACACACGGACAUGGCCACGGCCAUGGCCAUGGCGGCGGUGCCCAUGGCGGUCACGAUCUGGCCGCCAUCAACUACAACCACCACAAUCGCCAUCACCAGCAGCAGCUGCUCAAGGGAUCCGUUGUGGUUGUCGGCGUUGGCGGUAAUGGUGCCGCCGCUGCCGAGACAACCACCACAACGACAACCACCACCACGGUGCUGCGUCGCCUCGGCUCGGGAACAGCAUUGGGAUCGGUUUCGGGCUCGGCAACGGCUACGGGUACGGGUACUAGCGGUGUGCCUAGCGAUCCGAAUGUGGUGGCAUUGCCAGGCGGCGGUUCUGUUUCCAGCAACAGCAGCAGCGGCGGCAACGGCGGCUCCUCGAACAGCAGUGCCAACAACAACAAUUCGCCACAAAGCGAUGGCAGCAAUGGCAAUGCAGCAGGUGGGGGAGGCGGAGGAGGAGGCAAUGGUGGUGCCUCCAAUGCCCCACCAUCAUCUGGAAGCAGCAGCAACAGCAGCACCCCCACCAAUGUGGUGGCAGCCUCCGCUGUAGGAGGAGGAGGAGACCAAGUCCUAGAGGUGGGCAUUCGCAUCAAGAAUAUUAAUCGCGGACGCUAUUAGAGGAACGGAAGAGACGAUUUGGAGCUUACAGCAGCAGCAGCAACAGCAGCAAAACACACACAGUUUAAAUUAGUAUUACAUAAUGGUUUAUAUAUAUAUAUAU